AAGGGAAUUUUCAUUUGCCAAAGAAAGUAUGCACUGGAUAUCUUGAAGAAGUUUGAAAUGGAGAGUUGUAAACCAGUUGCCACUCCACUGGUUCAAUACGAAAAGCUUUCCAAGGAUGAUCGAGAAACCAAGGUUGAUUCCUCCUACUACCAAAGUUUAAUUGGUAGCCUGCUUUAUUUAACUGCUACAAGACCUGAUUUGAUGUUUGCAGCAAGCUAUUUGUCAAGGUUUAUGUCAGCUCCUAGUAAACUUCAUUUAGUUGCAGCCAAGAGAGUUCUUAGGUACAUCAAAGGAACCUAUGAACUUGGCUUGUGGUUUGACAGUAAUCAACAAGGAAAGUUACAGGGGUAUGCUGAUAGUGAUUGGGCAGGUUCUAUGGAGGAUAUGAUAAGCACAACAGGUUAUGUGUUCUUCUUUGGUUCAGGGAGUUUCUCUUGGAAUUCAAAGAAGCAGGAUGUUGUAGCUCAGUCCACAGCUGAGGCUGAGUAUUUAGCAGCUGGGGCAGCAGCGAAUCAUGCUAUUUGGCUUAGAAUGGUGCUUGAAGAACUUGGUUUUGAUCAAAUUGGGCCUUGUGUACUCAAGGUAGAUAACAUGUCAGCAAUUGCUAUUGCUCAAAAUCCAGUGCAGCAUGGUAGGACCAAACACAUCAAGAUUAAAUAUCAUGUUAUCAGAAAUUAUGUUCGGGAUAAAGAGAUUUUUUUGCAACAUUGUGAUUCUGAAGUUCAAGUUGCAGAUAUCUUGACUAAAGCACUUCCAAGGCAGAAAUUUGAAGAGUUCAGAGAUAUGCUUGGAGUUACAAAUAUAAAAAGCAAGGAGGAGUGUUGAAGUUAGCAAAUAUCAGUUAUGUUUUUUAAUUUGUAACUGUGUUUUUAGUUUUCUGCAGUUAAAGUUUAUGGUUUCUGGUAGUUUUCUUUUGUAAAACUGAUAUGUACGAGUUGCUUAUAUUUUUAGCAACUCUUAUGUCUUGUAAUUAUCAUCUGAAAUGAAAAGAGAGCUCCAUA